AUGGGACGGCAACGCAUUUUGUGGCCGCAGUUUGUGCCAGAGGGUGGCGGCGUCCCAGGCUCGGUGGGGCGCGUGGAGGAACAAAUUGCGCCCACAUUUGUGACCACCGAGCAAGAGGUAGAGCGGUCCGCUGAGACUAGCGCAGCCAUUCACGAUACCAACGCUCAGCUCGUCAAGGUUUCUGAGGUCCUCCAAACUGCUGCACGAGCACUGCAGCAAGUUAUCGACAGCAAAGUCCAUGCCGAGGAAGAAGCCGAGAAAUGGAAGAAGAAGUACGAGGAUCUCCAAAACUUGCAAAUCCAUCGCACCGAAAGGGUUGUCCAAGAAUCCGUGGGAGGCCAAGUUGUAAGACAAGAGAGGAUCGUAACUUACCGUCCCGAGUCGCACCAACUCGUCCAGCCGGGAGGAGCAGUGAUUCCUGCGGUGAUCCAACCGGGAGUGGGAGUACUCCAGCCGGUGGAAGUUGUAGCAGCCGCCGCUCCUUCACUUAGGAAAGGUCUCUACAGCCAGAAAGCCUUGAGGAGCAAGAGCAUUCCGGCCAGCAGCUAUUCAUACGACUAUCGGACUGUUGUCCAGCAUCUGGAGCCUCCAAGUUAUGGUAAGGUGUCUUUCAGACUCGAGUGGAUUAGCGAGGGGAACAAAAGCACGCAAUACCAGCAAGACGUUGUCACGUUUGAGAGCGGCAACAUCAGCACUCCGACUUGCAAAAACAAACAGAUAAUUCUUGUGUGGGAUUCGCCCCCUCAAUGCGUUUGCAUCCUAACAAAACCAAACUGCAAACGAGUUCACGAUCUCUGCAAGGAAAUGAUAGUGUGGCUGCACAGCGUGAGCUUGUCAAUCUACGUAGAACCCCGCGUCAGGAGAGAGAUGCUUGCAGACGACUUGUCCAUGACUUUCCUUCAUACGUGGGACAGUGGUAAAAAAUCGUGUUCUUCGUUUUCUUUUCAUGCAACUUUUGUAGACGAGGAGCUGUGCUUUCUUCACAACAAAAUCGACCUCAUCGUCACCCUCGGCGGAGAUGGCACCGUGCUUUGGGCUGCGUCGUUGUUUAGAGGCCCGGUCCCGCCGGUGGUCUCGUUUGCAAUGGGCUCGCUCGGCUUUAUGACUCCGUUUCAGAGUGAAAGCUACAGAGAAUGCCUCCUCUCGGUGAUGAAAGGCCCCGCAUACAUCACCAUCCGCCACCGCUUGCACUGCCGGAUCAUUCGCCACAGCUCCAGCUCCAAGAGCAGGAAGAAACAAGCCGGAGAGGAAGUUUACAUCGUCCUCAACGAGGUCGCCAUCGACAGGGGGAUGUCCUCCUUCUUAACCAACCUCGAGUGCUACUGCGACAACAUCUUCGUCACAAACGUACAGGGCGACGGCCUCAUCCUCUCCACGCCAUCGGGAAGCACAGCCUACUCGUUAUCAGCAGGAGGAUCGAUGGUGCAUCCACAGGUUGCGGCAAUGCUUUUCACUCCAAUUUGCCCGCAUUCCCUCUCGUUUCGGCCGCUUAUCCUCCCCGAGCACGUAACGCUACGAGUCCAGGUGCCCGAGAAGAGCCGCGGCGAUGCCUGGGUUUCGUUUGAUGGGCGAGAGAGGCUCCAGCUCGGCUGUGGUGACGCGCUCGUGUGCCACCUCUCGUCGUGGCCGGUCCCCACUGCGUGCACGCUCGAGUCUACCAAUGCUUUCCUUGAGGGCGUCAAGGAGGGGCUCUAUUGGAACAUGAGGAAGCUCCAAGGUGGCAAGGACAUUCGUUUGAACAUUUAAUAAGAUACGUGAGUGCAUGGACCUGAACUUCACAAAUACUGUUUAUUUUUGGAUUAGGAUUUUCAUGGAAUAUCGGGUUUGAAUAA